GAGAAGAAAAGGCAGAACUCCUUUGGAAUUUAGCGCAAUUGAAAACAAGAAAAAUCUAAAAAAUCCUCGAAAUUUGAAGCUCACCGUUUCCACCAUCAUUUUCUCAUCAACUACUCCAUUUUCAUUUUCGAAUCCCAAAUGCAUUUAUAUGCUAAAUGCUAAAUUCAUUUCCAUUUACCAGAACUGGGGCUUUCCCUGUUUCUUGUUUUCUAUUCUAGCACUCAACAAACCCAAAUGCCCCAUUAAUUUUUCAUCGUUGAAUUCAUAAAAAUCACAUCUUGGAAAUGUGGGUUGUGUGUCUCCAUUGUUUCGGAUUGAGAGAUUAGUAGUAGUAUUCUGCAAUGGGGAGGCCGAGUUUUGCGGCGGCGCCGGCUGCGGCAGUGAGCGGUGGAGUGGAGAGGGAGGACUAUUGGAGGAGCUUCGACAACUCUGUGAGUGCAGUGUCGUUUGGAUUCGUUGCCACCGCUAUUCUCAUCUCCAUGUUUCUUGUGAUGGCUAUUUUCGAGAGGUUUCUCCGCCCACCGUCGUCGGACGCUGCUGCCGCCGCCGGCCUUGACGGCGGUGUCGCAAAUUUGAGAAAGAUGGACUAUCCUUCUCUAAAGAUGAGUGUAUACGCAAAAGAAAUUUCAGUGUUGAUGCCAGGUGAAAGGAUGCCUACUUUCAUUGCUCAACCGGCGCCUGCACCAUGCCCUCCCGAAUGUGUCUCCCGGCCCACCUAUACGUCAUCCUAGGAUAUUUUUAAGUGAAGAAUGUGUUCUUUUUGAGGUGCUAUUUAGAUGCAAAAAGACUAUGCCAUGGGUUGUGGAAGUUCUUGUUUAUUGUAGUACGUAUAUAUAUAGCUCUUAUCUCAAGUUGAAAUCAUCCUUAGAAUGCUUAUCUAAUUAUCUUAGUGUUUUGAUAUAUUAGUUGUACUCGAACAACGGAACAAGUGCAUGAGAUCCUUUAUUCUUC